AUGCUACAGCAGGGUAAAGCCCCUCUUCAACACUCAGGAUCCGUGGUCGUGGAUCUGCUACCACCUUCUUACCAACACAAACCUCCACCUCCACCUACGGACUCCGAACACGCGGUUUUCUUACGGAAGAGUCCUCCUCAGGAGCCUCCUAAAGUUCCAGAGGUGAACAGUGCCAACAACAAUGAACAGAAUAUCCGCAGAUAUCGAACCGCGUUCACAAGGGAACAAUUGGCGAGGUUAGAGGUAGAGUUUACCAAAGAGAACUAUGUGUCGCGACCAAGGAGAUGUGAGCUGGCUGUCCAACUAAGCCUACCGGAAUCUACCAUAAAGGUAUGGUUCCAGAACAGACGGAUGAAGGAUAAGCGUCAGCGGAUGGCGAUGGCGUGGCCCUAUGCGGUGUACACCGACCCGGCGUUCGCUGCCAGCAUCCUGCAGGCUGCUGCGGCGAGUGCCGGAGGGCUUGCGGCUGUGGCGGCCAACUAUCCCUAUCCGCCCGCCUAUUACCCGCCGCGGUACACCCCAUACCCGCUGCCGAGACCGGGUCCGGGCCCAGAGCGGCGCGAGAGGGACCGCGAAAACUCCCCAGACGACUGUGACGGUUCGGCUAGCUGCCGUUGUGGUAUAAUAAAUUGCGUCACCGGCAAUUCUGUCACUCCUGCCCCCGGGGCCGCACAGUUCGCACCGCCCGUGUCGUUGUUACACCCCGCCCCAAGGCCUCCUGCCCCCCUUCUAGUCACCUCGGAUCCCUUACCUUCUUCGAAGCCCCUGUCCGAACAACCAAAGAAGCUGUUCCAACCGUACAAGACCGAUAUCAGCGAAAGGGUUUGAGCUAGGCCUCAAUGCUAGU